AUGUUGUCACCUCGGUUUAUCCUUAUAUGCAUGCUCCAUUCUGUGAUUGCCUUAACUUGUGGAGCUCUCAUGAUGUUUUGUAGUAAUAAGGUGUUUGUGCUUAGCCAUGGUAAAGACCACGCCAGUAAGCUUCUGGGAUCAACACCUCACGAUGAGCUGCUAAUUAGGACAUCGGAUUCGUUUUCGGGUUUACUUUUGUUUUGCAUUGGGUUUCUCUUGUUCAUGGUGGCAUUUGUGAAGGACAGAGAAUUCCAUAUCUUCUUUGCCGGGGGUUGUGUGAUUCUCCAUGUAGCAAUGGCUAUUUGGAGAAUUUACUUUGAAAGGAAGGUUGAGGAUCUCGGUUGGGAUUGGCUGAGACUGGUUGUUGGAGACAUUGUACUCGCUCUUUCAUGGGUUUUCUUUCUUGUGUAUUCAUGGAGGGAGAAGUAUGACUAG